UUCACCCAGGAACCUUCAAAUCCAAGCUACUUUAACAAUGGUAGUAAUGCCAACCUGGUGUGGGACUACACUGAUCCACAUAAUAAAACUCAGGGCAUUGUCUACAGUGUUCUGGUAAAUAGUGCAUUUGUCAAAAUGAUUUUUAAGGACAGUCGUGGUGUGCAAGAACAUCCUUCUAUCCCUUCAUCUUAUAAAGGAAGAGUUAAAAUUGAAGGAAGAGCUACCCUGGUUAUCAAGAACAUCAACCCUGGAGAUAAUACCAAAUUUAAAUGUGAAAUGUGGGGAUGGCAUGUUCGAAGUAUAGUGCAGCUUAUUGUGGCAGGUACGUAUUAGAGACAUAACCAUUAAUAAUCAAAUAUAAAUCAAAUUCAUUAAACUCAUGUCUCAUAUUUCUGAGAUCUGGAAAAAGUAAACAAUAGCAUAUAAAUUUGCACAAACCUUCCUAUGCAGGGCUGAAAGUGGCCAGCUAACCCGACUUUUUGGAACAAUAGUGCUACUUUUAUAUGGCAUGCGACGCUCAACAAAAAGGAGAAAAUAAAUUCUACCGUUUACUUUGUUGUAAUUCUCGUGAGAAAGAAUUCAAAGAGUUAUUGCUUCAUUCUUCUGGCACCAACUACUGGGUUGCUCUGUUAUGCAUAGAUAACUAUUAUUAAUAUGAAUAAUAAGAUUUUCUCUUAGCAAAGCUCUCAAUUAAAAAUGGCCAGUCAACAUUAGAAACAAUCCAACUAGUUCUAUGAUUUUGCUAAAUCAGUGAAGGAGAAUAUUGCAUGACCAAUCACAGGCAGCAUGUGAAAUUAAUUUGGCAUUGCUUUUCAAGGUGGCCAAGGGAAAAAUGGCAUUGACUUUUCUUGCAAGGGACUUGCCAAAGGGACUUGCCAAAGGGACUUGCCAAAGGGACUUGCCAAAGGGAAUGAAAGUCGACAUUAAGCCUUUCGCUGCUUUCUGAGUAUUAUGAUCUUCAAGGUUUACAGAUAUAAAUUUAGUCAACAGAACGGUGACUUCCUCAAGUAAGUUCUGAGACUAAGGAGCAAUCCGAGACUUAGAUUUGAUUUAUGCGCUGGAGCAAAAUUCUCCUAAAAGUUAUGGAAGCAGCAAAUCAGCAAAGUCUAUAAUCCAAGCUCUUUAUGCUAUUUGAAAUACUUUGAGCAUGCAAACAGAAAAUGAUGCAAUGAUGAUCAACUUGGCAAGGUAGGGAUGCUGUUCCUAGAAGAUGCUGUUACUCAUGGAGAUCAGUUCAACAGCUCUAAUUUUAUUGCUAAUUUUGGUUUCUCCACCGAGAAACUGGCUGAGUUUCGCAAAGAGCUCCAAGGGACUAAAAGUAUUCCAUUUCAAUUUAGAGUAUGAAUCAUUUUUUUGAGCUUAUGCAACCUAAACUUUUCAAGAAAUUUUCGUGUAUGAAACAGAAGCGUAGUGUUCUUUGAACAGACUCUUUAAUUUUCUCUCUGAGUGUUUCAACUUACAUUUUCGAACACAGUAUCUUGGAUGUCCUAACAAUGUUAAGUACAUGGAAACAAGUGUGAUAUUAAGUAUGUAACUUCUUGGUCAUUUAACUGUGAUUCAAAGUUGAAAACAUUUGUGAUAUCUCAAUCAUGAUACUAAAAAAAAGCCUAUUUAAAAACCUUUGCACGAAUUCAGUCCGACUGCACAUUGAGAGCAGGUCUCGGUUCUUGAAUAAAAAAACAUUUCAUAAGGUAGGCAGUCCAAUUUGUUCGUACUCUUCUUUAAAACACUAAAAUUCUUUUUAAGAUCCCUCAAGGCCAAAGAGUGCUUGUUGCGAAAAUGCCUGCCAAUCGAUGGAGUCGAUUUUCCGUGUUCUUGAACAUGUUGAUGUAGAUGCAUGGCGGCGUGUAAAACCAACAUAACCUGCAUCGUACAGGUCACAUUUAAUGUUGUAAACAACGGUCGUGUGGCAAAAGACGAAUUUGCUUUGGGCUCCCCCUUGAUCCUCCAUUGCCCUUUUUUUUUAUAUCAGCAUUGAGGAUACUCAUAACAACGAUAAAUUAAGUGAAUUUCAUGUCUUUAUAACGCGCGGUGUUUAGGAAUCAUUAAUUAAUCCCGUUUGUAUUUGAGGUGGUGUGACCUGUAACUUGAGCAAAAUUUUGAUUCCGUCGAUACCUGUCCUAUAGAAACGGAACACAUCGCUGUCUUCAUCUCGAAAUUUGAACAUCGUCUAUCGGUCGUGAGUUUUUACGGUUUUAACGGUCAGCGAUUCGAAGCUUUUGAUGUAUAAGGUUGAAACUGAAUACAAAUGUUACGCGCGACAUUUCAGGAAAUGCUGCUUUCAUAAGAGCAGUUUUGCUUCGUUCGUACUUUUUAUUCACGCAUAGCGUUAUGUGAUAAUGAUUCGCCCCAGGUAUUGUAAUCCGUGUUCCGGAAUACAGGAAAUUUUUGCUUGUGGAAUCCGGAACCCUGGGCAUUGGAAUCCAGAAUCCCGCUGAAAUCCAUUUGCUGAAAAUCCAUAUCAUCCGUAUCAACGGUUUUCAUGCGCAUCCAUACAACCACGGUCAUGCUGCAGACCGUACAGACCAUAUAGAACGCACUUUGUACGCUGGAGAAUUUUGACUAUUACAGCUCCCGAGACACUGACAAAAUCAUCAUGACCUAUCCCCCAAUCGACUUCGAUACUGACAUAGCUAAAGUUCCUUACUAGCUAUUAAUGAGUCUUCUGCUCCGAUUCAAAGACCUUAUUUCCCAAUAAAGUUCGGGCUAAUCCCCAUGAGCUCCAGAAACUUGAGCCUGCGAUUUUGUUUUUUUAGGUAACGAGAGCUCGAAAUAACCUCGUAAAAUUUCGUCGUUUGGAGUCCAAAAGAGUGCAGUCCACUCACGUGGUCAAUAGGUAUGCAAAUUUGGAGUGACAAAAGUAAUUAUUUACAUAACAAAAGCGUUAAAAUCCCACAGUAUUUGCUUGGAACACCAACAUGGCGACGGACCACACGUUUCCAAUUACGACAAACUUUGAACAAAGUUAUAUAUGGAUACCUAAGGGAGCCGGGAGAGGUCUAUUUCUAAGUCGAAUUUUCGCCAUUUAAACGUAAACCGCUUUCUUUGAUAUUUGGCAUUCGGAAUAACAAAUUUGAAGAUUUCAUAAAGCAUCCUAUCUCAGAGCGAAUGAAAUAAGAUAUUACCAGAUUUUAGGGUCGCACAACAUUUCCUAGAAAAGAAAGUAGCGGCGGGCCACGUAAUGUGACUUGACUUGGUUAACCUUUUAAAGAAAAAAGGAAAUAUAGAAAAGAGAAUCUGUUAUUCUUGGAAAAUUACCGUGUAAAUGCAGAUCUUUCGCGAUUUUGCAAAGGUUAAAGUACAGUUGAGUUGGUUGAACACCGUUUUAUGCGCUAUCUCAUAAUGUCGAAUAUCAUCGCCAGUUACAUAGAGGAAAACAAGCUUUUCUCAGUCAUAGUCUGCAAUUAUUUGUGACAUACACGAGGUGUUAUAAAAAUUGUAUUUCAGUUUAAAUUUUCCUUAAUUUGGUCUUUGUUUAAAAGGAAAGUUAAAAAAGGUAAUUUGAGAUGGAAUCCGGAAUCUGCAGGGGUAGAAUCUAGAAUCCAGCACCUUGCAUGUAGAUAUGGAGUUUCUCUUCUCGUUUUCAACUCGACAUCUCACUCGUUCGCUGUGCUCACUCGUGUGCGAUCGAGUUAAACACUCGAAGAGAAAUUCCAUAUCUAUGCGAGCCCAUGUAUUAUUCUCUAUUUAUUUUAUUGUAAUUGGGUAAAUUUUAAAACUCAGUCCAAGUAAAAUUUGCUAAGCCAUAUGAGCAAUGAUAUAAUCACUUUUACCUUUCAGAGGCACCACUUAUAAACAUCUCUUUGGGAGGAAAAUAUUACAUUGAAGGAUCCCCUGUCACCAUAGCCUGUGAAGCUUCUGGGAAACCACUGCCGGAUGUAGCAUGGAUUAGAAAUGGAGAACUGGAAAGUUCAGGGAAGAAAGCUGCGUUUUUAAAGUUCGAUAAUAUAAACAGAACAGAUGCAGGACAAUAUACAUGUCAAGCCAAUAACUCAAUGGAAGUCACUUCUGUUGACACAACAAUUGUAGUUCACUGUAAGUAUAUUUUAACCUUAAUUUUCUAUCUCUGAAUUUACUUUAUUUACAGUGUGAAUCCUGUUAUUGGGGUUAGUUACACAAAACUGAUGAAUCUGUUCAAAAGUGUAAGGAAACAGAAUUCCACCUCAAAUCCUUUUCAGCUUUGUGUGCAUCAGUCUCAAGUACUGGUUGGCACAAUUAAAUAUAGGUGGAAACAUUUUUUACGUUAUUUUGCUCUGGAGGGCGCGACAAUUUUCUCAUUAAAUCAUUGCUUCAGUUGGACUGUUUUUAACUCAGAAAAUGGCUUAAAGCCAUUUGUAAGUCAUUGUCACCACCCAAAAUUCACUCUGUUUGCCUAGCGCACAAGGCUAUCACAUAUUCCUAUCCCGUGUGAGGGCUCUGGUUGGGGCUUAAUGGAAAGCUGAGAAUUGUUCAAGAUCCUCACUGUAAGCUGCGAAAUUACACUUUUUUUAACUGAUAGCUGAGAUCAGCUGGUAAAUGUGAAAAUGGGCUGAAAUUAAAACUACAUGCCCAAGGUUUUCGCUCAUAUUUUCAUGUGUGGCGUUCGAAGAGAUAUACUAUUUGAGGGCGAGAAUCCAUUUUAUAUUUCAUUAUUCGUAGGCCUUGCCACCAUAUACUGAAUACUCGACUGUCAAAUAACACAAAAGUGACGGACUCUACUAUGGAGUGAUUACAACCUUCAUUCUUCGUUUUCAUCGAAAGACAGGGAAAGGAAAGAGAAAUGCUGCGCUCUUGUAAUUGAUGCCCAUGACUUUCUGGUUUAGGAGGUUGUGUAACCUGCAAGCACUGUGCCGCCCCGCUCUGUGAGAUACUUAAUGAAUGAGUUGCCAGUAAUCGGAUCCUUGUGUUUUCGCAUAGAUUUCUGGGAUCGCCACGGGGCAAACAUUGCAACUCACUGGAAGGAAUUGUGUGGCGAAAGGUUUUUCUGACGUCUGAAAAAAAGAUUUUAGAGAGAGAUUAUCGUUUUUUCGCCGUUCCUUUAUCAGAAGUGGACUAGGGUAAUGCUGAUUCAAGGGAAGAGUAAGUUUUGUUUGAAAAACUAUGUAAUGUGUAGUAAAAUCUACCUAUUAACUUGUCUCCACGCGCAAGGUUUAUUGUGAAUUUGACAUUGCGUAAUGGUUUCGAAAUUUAGAAAAACCAUAUGAAUCGCCAAGGAAUAACUCAACUAAGCCGUGUCAGUUUUUUUUUUGUGCGUGAGUUAAGUCUAUUUCUAGCUUGGCUUAGUAAUACAAAAGAGCGCUAUAAAAGCUACCUUGAGGCAGCAGGAGAUUGAAAUGGCGUGCUGAAGCAUUAAAUAUUACUCUGGUACAUUAAAGUGAUAAAAUACCUACACUUCUUUGUUGUGAUCAAUGAGAACGAAUCAGCGUUGAUGAUUGGCUCAAGACUGUACCCUUUCUUCUGUGGCGAUGAGUGAUACAAAUUGGUCUCUUAAGGAGCGAUGCACAGCUGAUGAUACGUCCACAGUUUCUGCCGGAGUUCCCGUGAUCUUGCUUUCCUGACAAGAUCCUUCAGGGAGUUCGAGAAGAAAAAAUUGCGGCUCAGAGACCUUUGGAUUUUUCUCAAGCAAUCUAUCACUUGAACUGGGGAUUUCCUCAUGUUUUUUUUUUCAUCGCCUAUUUAAUCCUUUCAGUGAGCAUCAGCUCGGUAAAAAUAAUUUCCAUCUCCGCUGACAACGACUUCUCUCCUUUGAAGAAGUAUAUUUUAAAACGUAAUUUGUCUAUCAAAUACGUUAGAAAGUAUAAAAAUAGGCCGUGCAUGUAUAAAUACAACUGAAAAUACUUUUAAAAGUGUUAUUUCGUAGCGAUUUCUGGGUAAUUUUGUAAUACUUUGAGACCAUUACACGAUGACGAUUUCACAAUAGACCUUACGUAAGGAGAGAAGUUUUCUGUAUUUUUAUAAUAUAUUCCGUGUUAAUUCCAGCAAAAGCCUUAACUUCCAAGGUAACAGCAUUAUCUUUCACCACGUAUGAUAAAACUGCUGCGAAAAAGCCAUAAUCUCUUACCAAAAUCGCAUUUUUUGGACGUCCAAACAAACCUUUCGCCAUACGUUCCUUUAUAGCGGGUUACAAUAUCUGCCACGUGACGAUCCCAGAUAUCUGUGCGCAAACGCAAGAAUCCGAUGACUGGCAACUCAUUCAUUGUUCCGCGUUUGCAUAUGCGCAGGCAUUUGACCUCUGUUGUUAGGAGCAGGUAAAAAGCAAGCAUGGACGUUGUGCUAAUCUCUAGAUUUUGAACUCACCCAUCAAAAUGACCAGACAUGCUUUCUUGGAUUAUACCACAUAUCUAAAACAUUUCCUGUAAAGAAAAAAAAAAACAAGCAAACAAAAACGACGUAAAUAUCCAGAAAUGCCAUUUCGCCCAAGCCAAUUGCAACGAGAUCGCAGCAUAAGGGUUUGUUGCUCCCACCAAUCAUUUUGGUAUCAGGGUUGCACUUGUGCAAGUACAAGUCUAUUGUUACUGAUGCUCUGUGACAACCUUUUUAACAAGCCAUAUUCAAUAUCUGCCUCUUUACAACAGAAAGUGAGUUAAAACAGUAAUUUCCACUACCGCCUCGUGAUUUUUGUCGAGGGAUGUCAGACCUGCUUCUAUUUUUAAGUCCUGGAAUGGUCUAACAUCUAUCGAUGUAAGGAAUACAUGUACUUGCAUACUUUGAGCCAUAUCAUCGUACACGUAAAUUUGACAUUAAUGAUGAUAACUUAAUCUACGGACAUAAUCAAGAUUAUUACAGGAAAUCAUAUUUCAUUAGAAAUGCUGAACUUUGGAACUUGUUACUAUCUAGUAUAAAAACAAUCCACUGUUUUUCCUCUGUUAAGACCAACCUAAACAACAUUUAUGUUUCAAAACGAGAAACUUAUGACCCUCCUGUCUGCUAUUGAUAUAUAUGUUUUUAGUAUAAUUGCUUGGGUGAUUAUAGAGAUGCACGCACUCUCAUUGGUAGAGGAGUGCGUCAUAUCUCGCUUUAAUCACCUUGGGUGAGGUAAUUAUAGUAGGAGCGCCAAAUUUUAAAAUGGCUCCCGUACAUUUUGUUCAUGUCACGCUGCAAGGGAAAAAUGGGAAAGGAGAAAAUUAAAUUCUUUAGAGUGGGAAAGAUGCUAAUAAACUUGGCGUGACACUUCCAAAAGAAAGAUAUGAAGCUUUCCAUAUCUACGCGCGCCCAUGUAUUAUUCUCUAUAUAAUUUGCCGGAAACAAAACUAGAACUUAACGGUUAAAUAAAACAUGCUGAACUAAAUAAUUCGAGCCACACCUUGUUUUUGGAUUGAAAAUAUACUUUUCCCAUUGUUUUGGUACUGGAGAGGCAGGACUCUGAUUUGCACUUCGAGGCCGAUGGAUGUUCCCCUUCGCUAACGCACACCUCUUUUUAUGAAGUCGUUCAUUAUUGCUCAAAGACCCCGUGGACUUGCAGCCAGUUGUUCCAAAAGAGGGGCACCGAAGAUUUCGAGUUUUGACGAAUUUGCAUGUCUAUGAAAACAGAAACUAAAGGUUGCUCUUUCUAGAAAUGUAAGUUAUGAGCUGUUUUACCAUAGUAUUCAAGCCUAUGUUGCUUAAUCUGGCAAUUAGUGUAAACAGGUGUUUAUAAAUUUCCGGAUUUUUUUAGUUCUGGAGUGAAAUUUCACGAUUACUUGUCUUGAAGUCCUUAAAUUACGAUUAUUUAUCUCAAAUGGCAUAUCUUCCGAUUAAUAGCCUCAAGACAUCUUCUAUCACGAUUAAUAAUUGUGAUAAGUACGGCUAUUAAUCGCAACUGAACUCAUGUGUCUUAAGUCGACAUCAACUGAGACGAGUCAUUCAUUCGACAACAUUCUCAACGACCCUCAGUAGUUACUUGCCGAAUAUUUUCUAAGUGCCUUGCAAAUCAACUUCCGGUGUGACAGGUCGACUUUAACUGAGAAGAGUCGGUCGAAUCGAGUCGAUUUGACAACAUCUUCAACCCCCGUUUAAUAACUACUUGCGAUAUUUUCUAAGUGUCUUACAAAUUGACUUCCGGUAUGCAUUUCCAUCUAAUGAGAGAUGGUUUAUCAGAUUUCCGGUAGAACGAUUCGCCAACUGUCUUUAACGAAUGGUGGCGGUUUGGGUGUACUGGACAACCCUCAUUUUGGUUGUACGAUCAAAUUUUUCCGACUUGAUGGGUUACUGUUGUAACUAUUAUUUUUUUAAUUAGUAUAGUCUACGCUGCGUGUUUUCCGCGCUCCGCUAUUGAAUCAAUGCAAGUCCCAUUGAUUAAUUCAAUUUAAAACAAAUACCUCACGUUUUAACUUUUUGUGAAGGAUUAAAAUUAAUUACAAACGGUUUUUAGGCCGCAAGUCAACCCAUUUCGUGAGCCACGGCUUUGCUUAAAAAAUAAUGCCCAGCUAGCUAAACGAAAUUUAUUUAUGAAGAAUGGCAACGAAGGUACGGAUGACUCUGCAUCUCGCGAUAAGUGUUGCUAUGCCCUCAGACAGGGAUAGGAAAACACGGACCGCGCUAAGAAACCAUCAGAUUGCGGGAUUCGUUAGCGUGCCCUCUAAGAAAAAAAUAAAUACACCUUAUUCUGGUUGCGAAGUAAUUUUUCCGAGCCCUGAGAGGCGAGAGAAAAUAUGAGUAAUGAGCAAAAUUUCCGCUCGUAUUAUGUGUUAAACUCUCGAAUAAUUGAUUUAUUAUUCCACUGUUAUUUUCAGUUAUCAGUGUUUUAAUUUUAGUAUGCGAAUUACAUCCUACGGCCUUAUCUGUGUAUCGUAUCGGUCGUAGAAGGUGUUCUUUCCUGCUUAAAAGUUCGCUACUUUAGCAGUCAAAUUUAAAAAAUUAAACAAAAAAAUUAAAGUUUGGAUCGUUCAGGGCGGCCAAUGUGUAGCUACGUAUUUUUGGCUUGUUCUAAAGUGUAAUACUGUGGCAUGUUUUGCUGUUUUCGUUAUUUUGUUUGGUAAAAUGACACAGCAGUGGAAUGAUAAAGAUCAUUAAUGUUCUGAUUGAUAUGAAGUAUCACCGAUUAUUCAUUCAAUUGCUUAUUGUAUUGGCAUUUAUUCUUAGACCCGCCCACGAUUCGAAAUGUCACCACGUCAUCUAAGAAGUCUUGGAUUGGCCAGCCAGUGACUUUGAAGUGUCUUUCUGAUGGUGUUCCUACACCAACACUCUCUUGGUACAAACCUGAAGGAAGUGAAAUAAACAGAGUCACAGCCAGAGAAAACAAAGUACAAGUGCCACUCAGGGGUGAUCAAGAUUUUGGUCAUUACAAGUGCAUUGCUGCCAAUGGACUUAUUCCAUCUGAUGAGAAAUUAAUAAAGAUAACUCAGAUAAGUAAGUCAAUGAGAUCAGUGUAUUUUUAUAUGAAGAAGUUCUAUAUAAGGUCAGCAUUUUCUCAGGUGUAUUAGAAGUAAAAGCCAAAUUUUCUUACAAAGUAUUUGACAGAGUAACUUAUUCACUUUGUACAUCUCAUUCGAUAGUUUAACAUUUAAUACGUGCGGAUAUUUUGCAAGUCCCAUAGGUGUGUGGAAAAAAUAUAAGCUUAUGUUAAACCAUCGAGUAAGGGAUUUAUUAUUCUUUCAUUUACGAACAAUUUGUCCGCUUAGUUUUCGACAUACAUCCUACGGCCUUAUCUGAGCGUUCCAUUCACAUUUUUCCCCUCUUUAGCAGCAUUAGACCUUCACAUAUUUUUCGCCUUCGUUGCCCCAAUGAGGUAUAACAGAAUAUUACUGGAAUUAUACCGGAUAUAGUUAGCCUGAUCUUUUAGCUGGAAAUGUGCCCGUAUUUGUGAAAAAUAUUUAAAGUAAAUUGUCGACACCUUGCCCUUUCUUUGCAUUAAACACGUUACAAAAGAGCUUUGAACUUCACACACUGCACAAAGAAACACUGCAGUGAAACCACUAUAUAAAAGGUAAACCAAGCCAUGGUGUAAUGACAACGGUGUGUUGAAUUUGCACCACGGCCAUUACGGCACGAUGACGAUGUCAAGGAGGUAGUUUCGUCACAAUCCAGUAUCACGUGGUACAAAUCAUCUAAUCAGAAAAUCGGAAUUCGAACAGUGUAUGAAAGUUGAAUAAUUAGCUGUGAGAAGACGUGGACUUGCAUUCAUCCUUAGUGUUGUGACAAAACUCAAAGUAAUCUCUUCUCCUAUGGCACUAUGUAGAGAAACCAGGGAAAGCAUCCAUCAAAUCAGAAUCAGUCAUUCAAGCAACUUCUAUAACAAUACAAUGGACUGCACCAGCUGAUGAUGGAGGAAGUCAGAUUAUAGGAUUCCAAAUGAUCUUACAAAAGGAUGAAACUGUGUUAAAAAAGGUUAAUAUCACCGAUCCUGGGACGAGUAGUUAUUCGUUUCGUGGUUUGGAGAAAGAUACCAACUACACAGUAAAACUGUUUUCCAGAAAUUUUGUAUUCGAGGGAGAUCCUACUGUAUGGAACAUUAAGACCAAGUUUGAAGGUGAGGAAUCAAAAGUGAUGUCGUGAGCAUUUUACACCAAUCAUUUUUUCGCCAACUUAGAUUUAUUGUGAGUAACCCAGUGUUAACAAUGUUAUCUGCUUGCCGCAUUAUAAGAUUUUCGAUUUUCAGCGUUUGUCCCCUCCUUAAUGGCCAGUUAUAUUUAAUUUCUGAUGUUCAUGUUUCAAAAUCUGUAAUAUGAAUCAGCAACAACAACAGCCGCUGCAUAGUGACCUUUAGGAUAGUUGGAUACAUUUUUCCUAAACUCGUACCGGCCAUAUUCAGAAGGCCCAAUAACCCUUAGGCAGUGAGACAAUUUCCACACAUCGUUUGACUAAAGAAUUGAAGUUUGAAGAAAUAGGCCUUUCAUGAAAAUCGCUUUUAACAUGCAAAUAUUAUGGGGAAAUCUCGUCAAACAUUGUGUGGACGGCCUCAAAGAAUCCUCCGUAUAUUUCCUUUAAAAUGAAAAAUAGCUUAUUUUCAUUUCGCAGGGAUAAGCCCAAACCAAAACAAUUAAGAUUGCCGUCUUCAAGAGAGUUUCUUUCGAAUCACAUACGGCACAUAUCUUACUCAACAAAAAAACUAUUGUGGUAACAGGUGUGAACUUAGUAACUGAAGUUGAACAUGUGAAACAUGGCAAUGAAGUUCGUCGCAUCUGUUUUCGCUUUAGUGCUUCUUCUCAUAGCCUUCUCGGUUGGCAAACCUCCUGAAGAAAAAAGCUUGAUGUCUCGGCGGAAAAACCCGCGCCAGCUUAUGUUUGCAGAAGAAGAAUCGUAGGCCUGGACGCUCAAAUGGCUCGAGAAGCGGAGAAUGCGCACUCAUUUUUCCGCUGCGUCAUUGCAGAGUGCCUGUACUAAGUCAUGCGCGAUGUCAAACUUUUCAAAAGCAGAGAGUAGUUGCACACGAACUGAGAUCCUUUCUGUAACUACGUGACACAAACGAAUGAUGAAUUGCGACGUCUUAUAUGCAUCGGUCCUUCAUUUGAUCGCGUGUAAACAGCAGUUAAAUGCCAGUAGAAGUCAGUGUAUCGUUAAAUUCACCUUCUAAAUGCAGUAUUUGCUUUAGGCAAUAACCGAUCAUCAUGUUAGGCUUCUCAUUAUCACUUUUUGUCCUUUCAAAUUAUUUUGAAUUCAUCUCAAUAUUUAACUUAAUUUUGCUUGCCAUACACUUUCGUCUCAAAUAUCCCAAAAAAUCCUCGACCAAUUUACAGAUUAUUUAAUCACUGAUAAUGGUUGUGACCAGGUUUGUAACAAGAAAUUGUAUAAUUAUUAGAAAUUUCACGCCGUUCGUGUCGUUGACAUCAAUCUAGGAGCCCCGGAUGUGGUGGAAGUAGACGAACUGCCAGGUGAAACAACAGACAAUACAAUUACCUUAAAGUGGAAGGAGCCAGAAAGUAAUGGAAAAGUUAUUAUCAUGUAUACAGUGUACCAAAGAGUAGUGACUGAUGGAAAAGUGGGACAGUGGACAGUAAUAAGGAAAAUCAAAAACGUUUCUGUGAGAGAAUUGAAAAUAACAUUGGAGAGAGGAAAGGUGUAUCAGUUUGCCAUUACUGCAACUAAUGAGCUUGGUGAAAGCCUAAAACAAGAGGAUGAAAAUUUCCAGCAAGUCAAGGCAGAAGAAAGUAUGUUCAAAUGAAUCUUAUUUUCCCCUUUCAACGGUUUAUCCUUUUCUUUACUUUGUUUUCAAGCACUCUCCAUGUCAUCAACAUCGAGGUUUUUAUGGGUGAGUUCUUCGCUUGCAAGAACCUGAAUCAACGAGAAAAAUUUUACUUACGUCACAGUUGAUAUUUGUAUGCCAACUGCAAAUAUAUGGCAUAUCUAUAAACUGAGAUUUUAAUCAUUGGCUGGCACACACAGAUAUUUUAAGUGGUUUACCGACACAUGCUGAUCUGAAUCUGGUAAGAGAAGUCUGCAACACUUUCGUUUUAUCUUCUUACAUUUAAAUUCACUGCGUUUUUCUUUCCUUUGCCGCCAUCACUUAGUUGAUGCAUCUGUCCCACAAAAAAUUUCACUCUCUCACACUGAAUUCAGAGAACUCUUUUGUCAUUUUCACCACCACGGCACUUCAUUCUUUUACCGAUGAAAGUUACUUCGCACUUAGCCUCCUCUGCGCACCGUAAUUUCGACACCAGAUUACUGAACCACGAGAACUCAGAAGUGGCCUAUUGUCGGCGAUUUCGCUUUAGCUUGAUUAAUAAUGUAUGAUCGCGCUUUCUCACGCUGCGACCAGAGAGGUUGUCAAUCUUUUCACAGGUUUUAUUUGGUGAAGCUACAGAGCGUGACGCAAACUUCAAGUCUAAAGGUCAUGAAGAGGUCUUUAUUUUCUUAGGUCUUCGGUCUUAGUUUUCGGGGAUCUUCGUUUUCGCUACAAGCGUAGUUCGCUUUCUCUUUGUUGUUGACCUCUUUUCAGUCUGUUUUCUGGAGCUCUUUCAACCUUCUCACGUUGGUCUUUGUUAGAUAUUCGUCAUUUUACUUUAGCCUUUUCUUGUUCUCUAUCGUCUUCCCCUCGCUGUGUUCUACCUAUUCUUCACCCUAUCAAACCCCAUUUCGCGUUUUUCUCGACUCGCUCCACACCUUUUAAGUUCUCUCUCUCUCUGGUCGCUCUCUCUCUCUAUUUCCAGUCUAUUUUCACUCGAGACCCUUUCUCCACGAACUUGAAUCAUGAUAAUUUCUUCCGUUUGAAAAAGCUUUAGCUCUGAGUAUCGUUGCUUUGCAAGUUUAUUAGAAAUUGCAAAAUACCAAGAAUUACUUUUCAACUACAACCUCACCGGUAUGAUUUCCCGCUCAAAACACGGGUUGCAAACUCUUUCCUUGCGCUGCUUCACAUCCUCUAACCAACCUGAAACCUUUCUAGGUUUCUAAAAACAUCUCUUAAGUCGAAUCUUAGGCCUCUUUUCGUUGUCAAGUUUGAGAUGAGAUAUGCUAGUUCUAGCUUGUCUUCGUUUAAAUCAAACUUUAGCAACGCAAGAAACAGAUACAAGACAAAUUUCGUAUUUCAGUGGCUAGAGUUGCCAUGAUCAUUGAAAUUUGCUUGAAUAAUCAAAAGAGAAGAAUUGAAAAAAUAACAGGUUGAAAGUGACUAUUCUUUUUAAUUUAGUACAAUUACGGAGGAGUUUGACACAAUAGAGAAAACUGUGGAGUGAACAGUCAUACCUGGCGACAUUAAGAGAAGAUAUAGGAGAAGCCCGUAUUUUUCUGCCGUAUUGUUUCACUGACUCACUGUUCUCACGUAUACCCAUCUAUUAAUCGACCGGUAAUCUCUUAACUGGAAGUCGCGUACGGUCGUUUCUUUCAACUCUGACUCAUUUUCCCAAACCAAAGUUCACAAUAACGCUCAAUGAAAUAUCAUUUUAACCAACGCUGACAUCAUACACGACAUCUGAAAAAGAAAACAUUAUUUAUCCUGAACCUGUGCGCACUAUGAUUGCCUUUCAUCAUGGUCGCAAAAGAAAAACUGAAGCCCCGUUUAAACGGUCAGGAUAGUUGACGAUAGUUUCAACUAUCAAGCGCGUUUGAACACAAACUAUCAUGCUCUAUCAUCACAUUUCAUCAAAUAUCAUGUAGUUUGGACAUGUCCAAAUUCGACAUGAUAGUUAAUGAUAGUUUUUGUUGUUUGAACGUGAGGAAGAUAGUGAAUGAUAAUUGUUAGGUCAGCAGUUUUGCCAAAACGGGCUCAAACCAAAAUGGCAUAUAACAUAAUGACUAAAAUAGGCAUUGGAAUUUCCCAGAAUGUCUCGUAAUUAAUUCUCAUCAUUUCCUGGUAGGCUUCAGUAUCUUCAGCUUCUAACUUCUUGACUAAAAUUUCAAUGCCACUGAAAUUUCUGACCUCAGCUCGCAUCAUACUUGUGUACAAUUACGCGAUCUCAUUGGGUGGUAUUUUGUCAAUUAUCAUUGACUAUUAUGAACCGUUUGAACACAAACUUGAUAGUCAGUGAUGUGAAUGAAAGUUGAAACUAUCAUUCAGUUGUCUAUCAUUAACGUUCAUAAUCGUUUGAACGGGGCUUAAGUCAUUUGCAUCUUGUCGCAGUCGAGUGAACAUCUCUUGAUGGAAGAGAGAAUAGCGAGAAAUGUAUGACAUGGGAAUUCACCGUCUGUUGCCGCUCCUUCGUUCAGUAAAAAGGAAAGUUAAAAAGUGUUGAAGAACCUUUGGGCUCCCGUCAUUCUUCUGCGACCAAAUCGUUAUUAGGAGGCAACUAAAGAGAUUCAGAAAGAAUCGAAACAGCAGUUAAUCUUAAGAAUCUUCAGGAACGGCAGCAAUUACACUCCCAGCUGAUGGCUGUGUGAAUAAUAUCGAAUUCAAAAAUUAUAUUCCUAGACGGGACUUAUUUAUAAUGACAGGGAAUCGACCCUUGACAUGCAAAUAUAUUACAAAGAGAUAGAGUCAUCCACCAGGCGUUAAUAGGGGGCUGGAAUCUGAGGUCGCUACGUUGAUCACUGUAUCAGCGCUACUUUUUCCACCAGAGAGGUACUUUCAUCCAGCUCUAAAAUAGAUCUGGGAAAUUUCUGACAGCCCUUUGGCUUCUCUAGAAGUCAAAGUUAGCAGAUAACAGUCUAUGCAUUAGUGGAUGUGCUACAGACCCACGGAGUCUCAUAGUUUUGUCAUCCUCAAAUCCAUUACAUGUCAAGAAUACCAUUCCUUAUUCUCAGUGUCUUAGGCUUCAUCGCCUAGACAUUGACAGUUCUGAUUUUCCAAGAAAUCAGAGGCAAUAUGCCAGUUCUUCAAAAAACCGUGGCCAUCCUACUUUUGUCAUUCAAGGGAAUCUUUAACAACGGAUCGAAAGUCGGCAUUCUACAAACGGCGCAGAAGAAAGAGAAUGAUCGUAUUCCAUUUUAGCGGCACAAUCACGCAGUAAGACCUGUCCUUCUAACAAAUUUAAAUUACUUCAAAAUGAUCCAAAAACUGGUAUAUUAUUUUUGCGUAAAACGGACAACUGUUUGGUCAGCAUAAUGUUAAGACUGGCUCUACCAAUGUCAUCUAUUUCAUAACUUGCGGUUAUUUCAAAAAGUUAUACUUCGGCGAAAAGGAAGACGACUAGGGGAACGAUUCUGAAGACACCAUCGUGACGCAAAAUACAAGAAAAACAAUAUCUCUCAAAUUGGCCUCCCAUUCGUACAUUUGAUGCCAGUGUUCUUUGUAAGUAAAGGUUGUUUUUUAUACAUAAGUUCAAAUGAUAAUUCUUGUGCAAACAAACAAACAAACAAACGUUCAUUUUAAGUCGUAUUUUGUUUUUCCCCAGUUCAAACAGUAAGCACAGAAGUUUACCUGACAGCGACAAUACAGGAGAACUGUAGCAGACGUUCAGAAGUUGCUGCGAAAUUUCCAGAAAUGGUUAGAUAA